AAACAAAGAAGAUUAGUGCUUAGUAAGGAGAACAUCAAUAAAGAAGUGAAAUAUUUAAUACUGUGUAAUCUAAAUAGAAAUUAAGUAAUAAAACGUUGAAACUAAAUAAAAUGGAUUGCGAAGAUAUGCAAAUGAUAAUUUCGGAAGAACCAAAUCUUUCAGAACGCAAAGAGGGUGGUAAGAGGGGACGUAAGCCAGGACGUAAAGCAUCAAAUGAGAAAGUCGAUAUGAAAGCAAAAUUGGAACGCAGUCGUCAAAGUGCAAGGGAGUGUCGAGCUCGGAAAAAAUUACGUUAUCAAUAUUUAGAAGAACUCGUUGCUGAUCGUGAAAAAGCUGUGUUAGCUUUACGUGCUGAACUGGAGCGUUACAAACAAUGGAGUUCUGAAUUAAAUGAAGGCCGAAUACCAAAUGGUUUUCAACAAUUGUUGGAAGAAGCUGGAAUUCUUAAGAAAGAAGUUAUUGUUUGAUAAUGCUAUUACUAAAUGUUAUUUUUUCUAUUCUAUUUUAAAAAUUUAUUUAAUAGAUGUUAUAAAGAUAUAUACAUACAUAUAUUUUAACUAUAUAAAAUAAGUACAAAUAAAAGUUCUGAAAUAAUGAAUAAUGGGAA